AUGGGAACCAUAAUGUGGCUACUAGCCCUCUUCACCAUCAUCUUCAUUUCUCUGCACCAUCUUCACACCCGUCGUAACCGCGGCCAAAUCCCCGUCUCGGUCAACUACCACUUCACCCGCCGCUGCAACUACACUUGCGGCUUCUGCUUCCACACCGCAAGCACAAGCUACAUCGAAGAACCCAACCGCGCCAAAGAAGGUCUCCGUCUCCUCGCCAACGCCGGCAUGAGAAAGCUCAACUUUGCCGGCGGCGAGCCCUUCCUCUACCCCAAGUUCCUCGGCGAAAUGAUCGACUUUUGCAAACAAGACCUCAAACUCGAGUCAGUCUCCAUCGUCACCAAUGGUAGCCUAAUCAGGGAGGACUUCCUCCGCAAGCACGGCAAAAACCUUGACAUCCUCGCUGUCAGUUGCGACUCGUUUGACGAGGCGACCAAUAUCCAGAUUGGGCGUGGGACAGGAACCCAGGUGAAGAAGCUGUGUGAGAUUGCCAGGUGGUGUGAGAAGUAUGGGGUUUUGUUCAAGAUUAAUACCGUUGUUAACCGGUUGAAUUACAUGGAGGAUAUGAAUGAGCGGAUUGGCGAGCUGAAGCCUUUUCGGUGGAAGUGUUUUCAGGUGUUGAUUGUGGCGGGGGAGAAUGACACGGAGGAGACGCUGAGGAAUGGGCACAAGUUUACUAUUUCGGAUGGGGAGUUUGAAGGGUUCUGCGAGAGACACAGGGGUCAGCCGUCGUUGGUGCCGGAGCCGAAUAGCUUGAUGGCGAAGUCGUAUCUUAUUCUUGACGAGUAUCUGAGGUUUUUGGACAGGACGGGGAAGCAGCCUUCGAGACCGAUAUUGGAGGUUGGAGUGAAGAAGGCGUUGGAAAGUGUCUUUUGGGAUGAGGGUGCAUUUUUGGAACGUGGGGGGUUGUAUGAUUGGGUCAAGCCUGAGAUGGAAAAGUCAUGUGGUAAAGGAGGACGUGAGGAGUUGGACUGGUAA